AUGUUUCUUCAUGAUAGUUCUCUUCCACUUAAAAGAGACGACAAGAGGUGAGCAUUUAAAGCCUAACUGAUUGUCUCUAUUUUAUUAUGUACCAUGUGUUCAAUAUGAUUGUGGCUAUGCAGUCUGCAGCAGUCAUCAAAUAAGGACAGCUGUUUUCAAAGUUUACACAUGAAGACAUUGGUAUAUUCUUGGCUUGCAACCACGUGACAAGGCGGCUAUCUUGGGGUCAGCACAAUAUAUUUUUUUCUCGAAGAGUUUACGUGAAAGUAGAGUUAAGUUCCCAGAGGAGAGAAAUGCUUAUGUUCUUGACCACCAGCAUGGCUGCCGUGAUGUCACGUGCAAACCAGCGAUGUAAUUAAGAAAUUUGUGUAUUAAGUAACAUUGAUGUUCUAGUUAGUUCUAAUUCUUUUUAUUUUUUCCUCAGUGACAAAGUGAAAAAAGCCUGUAAGAUUCAUGAUGAAUAUUUUAUGGUCAAAGAUUUGGUGUUGCCUAAAGAAACUUACUCAUCUAAUAGAAAUCCAGUUACUGGAGCCUACCCUUCAAACCAAGGUUUGGUAUCACCGAUUCAUAUUCUUAUUCUUAUUGUAGACAUGAACUAGCAAUACAAACACAGCACUAGAAAGUAGGCAAGAAAGUAAUUGAUAUCAUGUAGCAUUUGCUUAUGUUAUCUCUUUUUUUUCUUUUGUCAGUUUCAGAUAUCCCUCCACUUAUUCAAGGAUCACAUCCUUAUCCAUCUGCUCCAGGUGACGUGUGGUUACGUAUUUGCCAACUCUUCUGGAUUAUCCUGGAGUCUCCUGGAUACUGCACUAAUCUCCUGCGUAUCCCUGGAAAAGGGAGACUUUUGAGCUUGACUGUGCCUUAGUCUGGAAUUUAUUCAUUUUUCCAAAAUAUGAACAUUUUUUUGCCUCGUAGUAUGGUUCCUGGGGCCUUUUUUGCAUGUAUUUCAUCUCUGACAAAGAUUGCUUUGUCAGGAAUUUCUAGAGAUUAUUUCAUUGAUGAAAUUAUUAUUCUAAUUCAAAAUAUGGCCUUGAUCAAAAGUGCCCUUAAAGUACUACAGGUUUCUUAAACCUUUCAAGAUUUUGGUGUAUGUAAAACAUAUUCAGUGCUUCUGGUACUUUGGAAGAAAACUUUCAUAUACCAUGUUUUUUUUGCUUCAAAUUACAUUUGUCAGUAUGAACAUUUUCAGUUUGAUAUCAUGCUAAAGUGUACCAUUUAAAUAACUAAGGACAUUAAACUUAAAUCAACAUCCACGAGGAACAUCACGCCAACACAAAACACAUAAAAUAUACAAGGUGAUAAUAAAAGCUAAAACUACAAAUAGAAACUAAUAUAAACAGCUAGCAAAAGAUAACACAUAAGUUUGGAACUUUAUUGUGAUUAGCCACUGUAAUUCAGUAUUAUUAAAAUUCCUGUGUUCAUAGUUUUACUUUAAAUAUUACCUUCACUAUAGGUGUGACAUUAACAUCAGAAACAAUGGCAAACAGAAAUCAUCCAUCACAGGCUGGAGUACAACAACUGAUGGCUAAUCUUCCAGGAGAGUGAGUACACUGAAAAGCUUUAUUUGCAGUCAGAUCCAGUAGAGCUUAUGAGCUCCAAGUGUGCAAAGAAAGUUCUUUGUUGUUCAUCUUCCCCCAAAACACAUGUGUCAACUAUUUUUCUGAUGUAUGUCAAAUUAUUGAACUAAAUAACUCUCAACUGGUAUAUUUUAGUCUCCAAGCUGGCAGAAAGAGUGCAGGCAUCAUGGACAUACAACAGAAAGCACUUGCCUCAGGUGGAAAAGAACGACUUGGCCCAUCCUCAAAAGCAUUAGUAGCAACAGGAGGAACAAAAUCAUCAACAGCAUUGGUACAACAAAAGAAAGCAGCAACACUUCCUAAACCACAAUGGCAUCCACCAUGGAAACUAAUGAGGGUAGGCAUAUGACUUUCAGAGAUAAACCAUGGACUUCUUUAUGCGGCUUAUAUUGACUUCUGGGUCUGCACUAAAUCAAUAAUCUAUAGCAAUCAGUAGAACUGCAGGUGCAAUAGAGUAAAAUGUUUGUAUUGUAAUAUUAAGAACCUCUUCACUGCACAAUGGCCUCCUGCACCCGCACUCCUUCCUUACCAAAUCAAGUAAACUACAUUUAGUUACUUAUUUUGGGUAUUAAAUUGUCAUUAAGUAAUCACUAAAGUUUCAGUGGUGUUUAUUAGGUAAUCAGUGGUCAUACAGGUUGGGUGAGGUCUGUGGCUGUGGAACCUGGUAACCAGUGGUUUGUAACAGGUUCUGCUGAUAGGACAAUAAAGGUAAUGAACGUUAUAUGAUUUUUACUAGGAUCAUUAUAUUCUGUAUUCAUAAGGUAAAGGACAAAACACAAACACAACCAUGGAUGGUACCGUAGAUUUCAUUUCAGAUGUGGUUUUUUUACUGCAGACCUGCCAACCCCCAAAAAAGGAAAAUCUGGAGACUUAUGAAAAACAAUUGGGAGAUUCUACAAAAAGUACUGAAAUUCCAUUUUUUUUCCCAAACAAGAUAAAACAAACCCUUUUUCCAUUUGGGGAAUAAGCUGUUUAUUUAAAAGUUACCUUGUUUUUUUUAUAUAUUUGUGGUCCCUCUUGUAACAAGGUGCCACUUUUUCGUUGAUGACUUUGAGAGGCCAGGGAUGAGGUAAUCACUGGGGAGAAACUUACAGCAUUCAACUUCAUGGCCAAAAUGUUAGACGAAGUGCCAUCAAGGCUUAAAGAGGCACUAGCAUUCCCCACGAAUUUGCCCCUUUUUUAUUUCAACAAGAUAACAUUUUAUUUUGAACUGAUAUUUCCCAAAAAACCCUGAGAUUGGGAGUCUUGUCAUUAGGCCAUGAGAAAAGUUUAAAAAUAGUGAGACUCACAGCAGAAUCGUAAGAGUUGGAAGGUCUGUUACUGGACAUCUGGUUUUUCAUUUUCAUGAUGAUGUUUGUUAUGAGUGAAUAAGAUUAUCUAUGAUUUUGAAACAAGAUCAGAGGAUAAACAGACACUUUUUCCCAUUACAAACAGGCAAUAGCUGCCUAGUAAUGAGAUGUUGUCAACUGCUAAAGAAAUGACUUAUUAUGCAAUAACAAUGCAAUGUAAUCAUGUACUGUCCUUCUGAUAGAUCUGGGAGCUUGGAAGUGGCAAAUUAAAAUUGUCGCUAACAGGUCACAUCAGCACUGUGAGGGGACUGGCUGUAAGUCCAAGACAACCAUAUCUCUUCUCUUGUGGAGAAGAUAAGCAAGUCAAGUGCUGGGACCUCGAGUAUAAUAAGGUAUGUACACACAUUUAGAGAUUUCAUCAGUGUAAAAACAGACAGCUUUUAAAAAAUUCCAAGUAAAGACAAUACAAUUAGGAUGAAACAGGCUUUUAAGAUUUUGGAAUGGCAUACUGCUAACUUGCCAGGGACCUGCACAUCCUAAAAGUAUUGGUUUGACUGUCAUUUUAUUUGUGUUAUUGUUUUAUGAGGUUUUUUCUUGUAUUUCCUUACAGGUUGUACGACAUUACCAUGGUCAUUUGAGUGCAAUCUAUUCCUUGGAUCUUCACCCAACAAUUGAUGUAUUGUUCACAUGUGGCAGAGAUGCAACAACCAGGGUAAAAAUAUAUUAUAUUAUUACUGCUCAGGAAGGAAACUUUUGAGUCCACAAUCAAGAAGUGGUUAAGAAUUGUAUCAUGUCACAAAAAUGUUUUGUUUUUGUAUGACAUGCUUCAACUAAGGACUGGCUACAGAUACAUGAAAUAUUUUUUACUUCUUCCACAGGUUUGGGACAUGAGAACAAAAGCCUGUAUUCACACAUUAACUGGACAUACAAGCACAGUAGCAGUUGUAAGAUCACAGGCUGCAGAACCACAGGUAAUGUAGUUAGUAUUUACAAGGAGAACCUCUCUUGAAGUUGUGGACAGUGCCUUAGGUUGAAUAAAUAAUCUGUGAGUCUCCUGAAGUCCUAAUAAUUUAAUAAUAGGGAGCUUUAGCAAUGAUUGCAGGGAUGGCAACAAGAAUGUCAAAAAACAAUAAGUUUAAUCGGCAAAACAACAACUCUACAUGUGCAUCACGCUUUUUUGUACAUUUCUUUGCCGUCACUGCAUGACUACAAUGUAAAAUUCCCUAAAGCAACGUUUUAUGGAGGACGUAAACACAAGACUACAAAUUUCUUUCUCUCUCUCUAAACGUGGGUGCAGUAACCAAGUAAUCAGUUCCAGGGAAAUUCACCUACAUUUGAGAUUUAACGCAAGUCAGAAUAAUCGCGACAAAGUUUGAAAAAAAGCAAAGUCUUUUAAAUAGUGAGGUUUUUGCUGUCAUGGCCAUUGUCAUGGCUAUAAGCUUCCUAAUUUUAUGCACAGCAGGCAGGAGGUGGCUUGAUUCCUUACCCAGGUCAUCUCGUUAAUGUUGUGCAACAGAAAUACUAGAUCUUAUUUGUACAAACACGGGAUACAAGCAUGUGAUGUGUCCCAUGCAACAAAGAUCUAGAACAGCACUUAACUUUUGGUGGUUCAUUUCCUCUUGUAAUAUGAUACAUACAUACUGUUCAAGCCAAUAAAUCUGUAAAAUGUGUACUGGGCUGAAAAAGAAGUCAUUCAAUAACUGCUAAAUUUCAUCAGUCAGUGCGUGACUCAUUUUUCCAUGGUUUUAUAGUCCAUUGCAUUUUAUACUGUUUUAUAUUUUAUAGGUUAUAACAGGAAGCCAUGAUUGUACUAUUCGUCUGUGGGACUUGGCAGCUGGCAAAUCUAAAGUUACACUGACAAAUCACAAAAAAAGUGUUAGAGCACUAGUCUUGCACCCAACUCAGUAAGUGUCACUAAGCACUGUGUUGAUUACAAACACAGUAUGUAGUUUUAAAAAUAGCCAAUGAAAAAUAAUGUUUAACUACAACACUGACUACUUGUAGGCUGGCCAGCAGUGGUUAAGAGUUAGUAUGCACUGGGUACUUGAAACCUGAUACACAUAAUUCUGGGUUAAUGUCAAAUCACAGGGUGAGCUUAAGUUUCCUAUGCUUAUUGUGUUAAUACAGUGUAGUUUGGCUUUAGUCGUGCCUUUAAGCUAACCUCUGCUCUUUCAAUAUUAUUGUACUUUGUAGAUUUUCAUUUGCAUCAGCUUCACCAGACAACAUUAAACAGUGGAAGUUUCCAGAUGGUAAUUUCCUUCAGAACCUUAUUGGACACAAUGCUAUUGUAAAUUGUAUGGCAGUCAACUCAGAUGGAGUUUUAGUAUCAGGAGGUGGGUAUAGUUAUGUAAUCAUCUCUGAAAAUUCUGUUUAUCCAUGUGAAGGACAUAAUGUUUCUAUUCCCUUAUUUUUGUAAUCCUAACCUUAAUACUACCUAUGGUUAAAAAAUAGUAAUUACUACUCUUAAAACACCAAGUAAAAACAGAUGAAAAUAGCAAAUUAUUAAUCUAGCUGAACCAAUAUUGGUGAAAAAUGCAGCAUGUCUUCUGUAAUAUGGAUGCUUGAAAAGUUAAGUCAUAAAUUUUAGUUGAUUUUUUAUGGCAGUGGAAAUUUUUUUUGGUCAUGACAUUUCAACAAAAAGAUUUUUUAUGUUCUGAUUUCUCUAAUUUCUACUCAAUUUAUCCACGAGUGUUCCCCAUAGUUACUUUGCCCAUCAGUGAAAUUAAUACUGCUGUACUCUAUCAGGUGAUAAUGGCACAAUGCAUUUUUGGGAUUGGAAGACUGGCUAUAACUUCCAGCGCUCUCAGGCUUCUGUACAACCUGGGUCACUUGACAGUGAAGCUGGUAUCUUUGCCAUGACAUUUGACCAGAGUAGUAGUCGUCUCAUCACAUGUGAAGCUGACAAGACUGUGAAGAUUUACAAGGAAGAUGAUACAGCGGUGAGUAUUAGUCGAUUUUGGGCAGAGACAGGGAUGUCGCCAAGAGCUGGCUAAUUUCACUGGCUGAAAAAGAGCUUACCACCAGCUUUUCCUAUGCUACAUCCCUGCGGAGAAUUUCUAACCCCCACCCUGGCCCGGGUUUCUCGUAGCAUGGUUAGUGCUAACCAGCGUUAAAUACCAUGGAAACCUAUACAUUUUGAUACCUCUUAACCAAUGGUUAGCGCUAACCAGGCUUCGAGCAACCGGCCCCAAUUUGCUAAGUUUGAGAGCCACUAAAUGGUUUAACAGAAGAAUCAAAGCUCAUCUUGUUCCAUUAUUUAUUUCAUUGCCCAUUGUUUCUGGCUUUACAAAGGCCAUCAACCCAACUUUAUGGCUUUAACCAAGCAACUUGGGGCAAAGGGGGAAAUAAGCCUUAAUAAUAAUAUUGAAGUUAAGUUGAAACCCUGCAUGCCCUCAGCCUCUAAAUAUUAGAAAAACCCCUCCAUCAUUUAUAAUGACAACCCUUUCUUGUUUUGUUGUUGUUAGAGUGAAGAUACACAUCCGAUUAACUGGAAACCAGAGAUCUUGAAGAGAAAGAGAUAUUAGACUACAGUUUAUAGCUGAUGGAAUAGACAGACUUAUAAACAUGUUGCCUGGCCAAGGUCAAUGCUGUUCAAACACCAGGAGGCCAAAAAUGAUAGUGAAUAUUAUUUUAAGGACUGUAAAUAAAGUUUCUUUGUACAGAAAAGGAUUGAUUUUUUUCUUUCAUUUUGUAACAAAAGAUUUUGGAUUCCCAAGUGAAAUUUGAUUUUACCAGUAUGUUUGUCACUUGGGAUUAGCUUGUCUUCUCUUAUCCC